AGGAGUAGUGUAUUUGAGAACAGCCGACGUUCGAGCAGGGUUUUGUGGGGUAAAUUUUUUUGCUAUUAGAUAAGCUUUCUUCGGCGGUCAAAUCCACGGAAUCUAUGGGGAAGAACAGGAAGACGAAGAGAGAUGGAGAAGAAAAGUCUCAACACUGUGCCGCCACUGUAUUCGUCACUGGAUUGCCCUAUUCCUUCACCAAUCCUCAGCUUGAAGAAACCUUCAGCGAUGUUGGUCCCGUCAGGCUUUGUUUUAUGGUCACAAAGAAAGGAUCAAAUGAACACCGUGGCUUUGGGUUUGUUAAAUUUGCUUUAGUGGAUGAUGCUAAACGUGCCAUCGAGUUGAAGAACGGUUCUACUGUUGGGGGUCGUAAGAUUACAGUUAAGCAUGCCACGCAUCGUGCUCCUCUGGAGCAGCGCCGUGCAAAAGCAGCAGAAGGGGUAUCAUCAGUCGACCAAUCAGAGACAAAGAGUGACAAGGACAGUGUGAUCCCUGAGACUGAGAAGCAAGCCCAUACCCCAGAAAAAAAGCUAGAGAAACAGGUUGAACGAAAAAGACCAGCAAAGCUGUGUGUUGAUUUAAGGGACAAAGAAGCUUGUUCAGAGAAGCAAAGAGUUGCAAGAACUGUGAUAUUCGGUGGCCUUCUUGAUGCUGAGAUGGCGGAGAUGGUCCAUCGGCAUGUGCAAGAGGUUGGCACUGUGUGCUCCAUCACAUAUCCCCUUCCAAAAGACGAGCUUCAACAAAAUGGUAAGAACUGGUAACAAAAUGCAGACAUG